AUGACAAGGGACCAUAACAAUCAUGUUCCUGGAGACAGAUCAGAGAUGAGAACUUUGCCCUUGCCUUUUGAAGCUAUUAAGUUGAUUGAAGAUCAACUGAGAAGUGGAAGCAGCUGUAGAAGCACAAGAAUAUCUGUCCUUCGACAGAUUGACAGCUGGGGUGUUAGUGUUAGAAAGCCAAACUAUGAAGAGAUAUACAAUAGAAUGAAGAAGAUGAAUGAGAAAUUGCCAGAAAGAAAUUAUUGCGUUUUUACCGGAGACCUUCGUGUUAACAACAUUGAAAGCAAUCUUUUUGCCUUUGGCUUUCAAUUGCCUGCCCAAGUGAGAGUUAUGAGAAUAGCUACAUCAUUCUGCCUUGAUGCUACUCAUGGCAUAUCAGCAAGAAGUGGAGAGGUCAUGUACUCUUUAGUGACUCAACACAACGUAACUGGAAAAGGGUUUCCUGUUGCUUACAUGGUUACAAAUGACCAGACAGUCAGGUCAAUCAGCCAAUGGCUUAUGCAUCUUCAUGAGAGAAGCUACUUCUGUCCUUUGAAUAUCACCAUUGACUGUAGUAUUCCCAAAGUUAAUGCGAUUACAUCUGCAUUUCCUCAUGUUGCAAUUCACUAUUGUGAAUUCCAUAUUCUUUGUGCUUGGCAAACAAACCUCGACAACAAAGUAAGACUUGAUGUGUCAUUUACAUCAGCCCAGCUGGAAGCAUACAAGCAGGAGUUAAAGAACAAGCAGAAGUAUAUCUUGAUAGAGUUGAACAAAGAAGUAUUUUUGACAAGAAUCCUUGAUUUCAAACGCGAUAUACCCAAUCAGUUACACUUCUUGAGAUACUUCGAAGCACGAUGGACUGGAAGCAAAGUAUUGCUGAAAAGAUGGGGGCGCCCUUAUGUCGAUGACUUGCAUAGAAGAUAUUUGACAAAUAACUAUAUUGAGUCAUGGCAUAACCAGCUUAAGACUAUCUACUUUGGCUGUGCUAGAAUCAGAAGACUAGAUUGCCUCGUGUUUGUCCUUACAAACGAUGUAGAGUAUUUCUACAAACAAGAAGUGGAUCAUAUUCACUUAAACAAUAAAAAGAUGGGACCAGUAGAAAACGAACUUGCAAGAAAUGAAUUUGCUGCAUCCAAGAUAGAUGAUGACAUACUCUCUUCUAUGAUCAUCAGUCCAUUAAAUGUGAUUAGUACUAGUAUGGAUGACUCUGAUGGCGAAGAUGCCAAUCACUUGGCAAUGCAAAGACCAGCAGUGUUAGCUGAAGAAGAAGAAGUUGUGAUUGUUGACAAAGAAGAUGGUAGAGAAGAUGCUGUGGGUGCUCAAAAUGAUGUUGAUACGUCUAUUACAGACCUUAUCACUCACACCACCUUACUUCAUCAUCAAAGACUCAAUCUCAAACACAUGCAAACUAUUUCUGAUAUUGAUGUGUCUGAGAUAAAUGAUAUGACUCGUUGUGUUAAAGAAUUGUUAGAUAUAAUAGAUAAUAUUAGAAAUAGAAAUAGAAAUAGUUUUAGAAAUAUGAAUACCCAACGUCAAUAA